GCCCUGCGGUACGCCCACCGGGCCAAGAACAUCAAGAACAAGGCGAGGAUCAAUGAGGACCCCAAGGACGCGCUGCUGCGGCAAUUCCAGAAGGAGAUUGAGGAUCUUCGCAAACAACUUCAGGAAGGAGUGGAGCCAUCGACACCGGACGACGAGAGCAGCGAAGAAGCGAGCGACGACAGCGGUGACAAGAAGGGCCGGAGAAAACGGAAGAAAGCCAUCUCCGAGGAACGGAUGCGAGAGAUCCACGACGAGAUUGUGGCGGACCGGAAACUGCUGUCCGAGAAAAAGGACCUGGCGCAGGAGGAACGAGACCGGUUGGCAGCCGAGCUCGAGACGCGAGAACACCAGCUCAACACGGCAAGGCAUGGCGGUGGCAGUGGACAACAGUGUGUACUUCGGGGACGGCAACAACGUGCGGAUGGUCGACAGCCGCGGGAUCAUCCACACGCUGAUCGGAGACCAUCAGCACAAGCGCCAGUGGAGGCCCAUCCCGUGCUCGGGGACCCUGCACAUGAACGAGGCAAAGCUCCGCUGGCCGACCGAGCUGGCCAUCAACCCGCUGGACAACUCGCUCUACUUCAUCGACGACCACAUGAUCCUCCGCCUGACCAAAGACCAGCGCCUGCUGGUGGUGGCUGGCCAGCCCGUAUACUGCAAGAGCGAAGACGGUGCCACCCAGAAGAGCCGGAUGGGCGACGAUUCCGACCUGGGCACCCUGAUCAGCUUCGCCUUCGGGCCGACGGGGAUGCUGUACGUGGCCGAAGUGGACCAGAGGGACUCGUACAAGGUGCGCGCCCUGGGCCCGGACGGAGAGCUGGUCCACUUCGCCGGCAGGGACGAAGGCAAGUGCCCCGAGGGCAGCCCCUGCGAGAAUUGCACCUCGUGUGGCUCCAAGAGCUCCCUGGCCGUGGACACCAGGCUGCAGGCCGUAUCCUCGCUCACGGUGACCAGCGAUGGCGUCGUGCACAUUGCGGACCUGGGGAGCCUCCGGAUCCUGUCGGCCGUGCCGUACCUGCCGGAGCCUGACGACCAACAGGAGUACCAAGUUGCGCAGCCCGAGAGCCACGAACUGUACGUCUUCAACAAGUACGGCCAGCACAUCGUGACUAGAAGCAUACUGACGGGGAAGACCAAGUACACCUUCCUUUACAACGUCAACACCAGUUUUGGCAAGUUGAGCGCCGUCACUGACACGUCUGGGAAUAAGGUGGCUUUCCUGCGAGACUCCGGCAACAGCCUGCACACCAUCGAGACGGCCAGGGGCCAGAAGUGCAGAGUCCACGUAACGAAGGAAAAGCUGCUGGAGUCGUUCGUAGACCCGGACAACCUGCAGACGCACUUUCACUACGACUCGGCGGGCCUGCUGGUGACGCGCUACGACGCGACCGGCAAGACCUUCCACUACAUCUACGACGAGAACGGGCGCCUCACCGACGUCAUCAACCCCAGCGGCAGGCUCACCAGCCUGUCGUUCGACCUGAGCGACAAAGGGGCGUCGGUGUCGGCCGUCCAAGAAGGGGCGCGCAGCGUUGUCACCGUCAAGGGUCUCACCGUCAUCACCUCGCGAGGUGGCGUGUCCAUCGAGACCAUCUUGCACCAGGACGGCGCGGUGGAGGUGAGCACGCCCUGGAAGGCUGGAGCCGUCUGGGAGGCGGACACGCACCGUGUGCUGCGCGAGCUGCUCCCGGUCCAGGCCGGCAUGUUCCCGGUGCCCGUGAGGCAGACCCUGUACUGGGACUUGGAGUCGGCCAACACGCUCCAGUGGCGCUACGACCUCAAGUACUCGCGUCGGGACGGGCACCGCUCCAUCUCCGCCGUCGAGAGGGUGCUUCUGGUGAACGGCACCCAGUACCUGACGACCGAGUACGACUGGGUGGCUGCGAGGGAGAUCCUCUACAACAGCUCUAGGCGCCCGUUCCUGGUGGUGCAGUACGACAGCUUCGCCCGGCCCGUUCAGUGGCUGCCCACCGAGACCCGGAUGCCCCUGAACGUCAUGUACGACCGCCUCGGCCGCUUCUCCGGCUGGCAGCAGGGCCAGCUCUCGGAGACCUUCGUGUACGACCGACUGGGACACCUCUCCGAAGUCAAGUUGGCCGACAACGCUGCCAUCAAGUACGCCUACGACUCCAUCAGCAAGCCCUUUAAGGUCAUCCUCCCGAGUGGACGAACCUUCACCUUCCACUACGACGAAAACGGCGGGCUGCUCCACGUCACGACGCCCAAGGAGACCCGGCAUUCUUUCCUUGUGCUGGUAUCCAUCGGUUUCUACAAGGUCUACUAUACGCCUCCGGGUAACUCCGGACCCUGCAUAAUCCACUUCAACGACCGAAGUCUGCCGAUUCUCAAGAUAUUUCCCGGGGACAAAGGCCGCGUCCUGUACCGCUACAACGAGCAGUCUCUGCUCACCCUGGUCGUGUUCGGGGGCGGCAAGGUGGAGACCAACCACACGGCCACCGGUCUGGUCCGGUCCGAAGCCUGGAGCGAGGAAGACGUUGAGGUGCGCCACGAGUAUUACUACGACGGCGCCUUGCUCACUCAGUGCGUCGCGCGAUUCUACAGCAAAUUCCAGUUGACAACGGCCAACUUUCACUACCGCUACAACAAAUGGUUUCGGGUCAAGUCCCUGAGCGUCCGCAUUGGAACGCUGCAGUUUCCAGAGAUGGAGUACGCGUACUCCCCCAAGACGGGACGCCGCGAAGUGGUGGGCAAUUUUAGGUUCUUUGACGUGAGCCCCAACGAGACGGCGGUGUCCGACGGGACGGCGACCUUCGUGCAGCAGACCGACCUGCAGCAUAGGGUUCACCAGCGCUCGCUGUUGAUCGGCGACAAGGAAAUGUAUCGCAUGGACGUCCAGUACGGAAACCGAGACGGCGUCAUUCAGACCAAAACACUGAUGCGCCUGACCGGCGGUGUUCAGCUCCGGACGCAGAACUUCUCUUACGACGAAGACGGGCAGCUGACCGAGAUGAUGGGCAAGGAUCACUGGAAGUUUAGCUACGACGCGAACGGGAACAUCGUGACGAUGCAGUACAUGGGAAACAAGAUCGAGAUUCUGCACGACGUGGGGGACCGCAUUCUUCGAUUCGGAGAAACGCCUUUCGUGGUGGACGGACGAGGGUUCGUCGUGCAGAGGGGUGAGGAGCGCUUCCUCUACAACACCAAGGGGCAGCUGACGAAGGCCUACAGAACGCGACGAGGCAAAUACGAAGUGCGGUAUUUCUACGACGCCCGGAGCAGGCUCGCCAUGCGAAAAGACCACUUCGGCAACAUGACGCAGUUCUUCUACGCCGACCCGGCCAAUCCGCGUCUCGUGACGCACGUCUACAACAACGCCGACGGGAGGAGCAUGAGUCUGGUGUACGACACGAACGACUUCCUCAUCCACGUGCUCGUCAACAAAGACAGUUACUACGUGGCCACGGACCACAACGGGAGCCCUACCCUAGUGUUCGACAAGUACGGCGAGGUCGUCAAGGAAGUGUACCGCGGCCCGUACGGGCACAUCAUCUACGACUCGACGCCGCUCUUCUACGUGCCGGUCGACUUCCAGGGAGGCAUCUUCGACCCGCUCACGGGGCUGAUCCACUUCGGAGAACGGAUAUACGACUCGCUGAUGGGCAAGUGGAUGACGCCGCAGUGGGAGGAGGUGCUGCAGCAAGCUUCCAACGUGCGAAAGCUUCACCUGUACCAGUUCAACCAGAACGACCCCGUAAACCUGAAAAGGGACCGUCGCAGUAAGAUGGAUCUCAACGACUGGAUCCAAAAGCAAGGGAUCGACAUCAGCAGCCUGGGCUUGGGACGGCCUCCGAUCCUGAGGGGUGCCCCGGCACUCCUGUUCCCUGGUAGCCGGACGUAUAACCUGCCGCUGCCCUCCGUCCCGCUGGUGUCUGGCUACGGGUGCGCCGUGCGGAGAAGGCUCGAGAGUUUCGCCCAGCUCUCGAGCGUCGAGAAGUCUAAGGUUAAGCGGGAACAAUCGGCGGACAACGCGGUGCCCAACUUGAGCACCCUGAACGUCCCUUUCGGCCGCGGCAUCACGGUCUCCCGGACGGCUGGACGCGCCGUGAUACGCACGGUCGACAAGGCGGACCCGAUCCAGAGGGAUGUCUACACGUCCGUGUUCAACAACUCGCUGCUGCUAGACCUCCACCUGGUGAUGCACGGCCAGGACGUGUUCUACUUCGUCAAGGACAGCACGUGGAGGUUCCACGAGGACAUCACGCAGCUGCAACGAUUGGGCACGGCCAUCAACACGACCGUGCACCAGAGCAAGACGGACGAGGGAGCCCAGGUGUCGGACGUGAGGAUCCACACGGCGCACGCCAUCCUCAACAUCCGCUACGGCACGGUGCCACACCGCGAGCGCCUGCGGCUGUUGUGGCACGCCAAGAAACACGCGGUGAGCCAGCGCUGGGCGCAGGAGCGGCAAGUCCUGCUCACCGACCAGCACGGCGGUGCCCUCGGCUGGACCGACAAGGACAAGGAGCACAUCCUGCGCACAGGCUCGGUGCCCGGAUACCGCGGGGACUACUACCACGACGUCGACUCCUUCCCCGAACUGGCGGACGACCCGUCGAACAUUGUGUUUCGGAAAGUUACGAGGAAGAGGUGAUCUACUGCAGAGUGAGCACAGUAUGCUCCACAGCCCGUGGUACCGUUAAUACGAGUGGUCGUGGUACGUCGUCGUGUGACCUUGGCGUGGAGUCUGGUGAAGUGUGGUUGUGACACUACGAGACGUUCAUGGGCGAGACCAUGUGUUGUUACCCCAUUCUAACUCGGAAUGACUCACAUAGACACAUUAGUGUCAGACGUGGGCGGAUUGUUCGAUACACUUCCGCGCUCUUACAACGAUGAUUCGAGUCCUGGUCUCUGAUUUCGUGGGACUACGAGUUUCGCAGCUGCGCGCCAGCAAGCCUCUUCAAACGUGCGAAACUGGGUCGGUGUUUCUCUCCAUUUAUGCCGACACUCGGGCUAGAGCUUACAGUUGUCCAGUCCACCUAUCUAUAAAUUUGUAUGCAGCUGCAGUGAAUCAGGUGCCGGAGUUGGGCUACUCGUGAUACUGUGCCUGGUCUAAUAUGAAGCCAUCAGUUUGUUUACAGUUGCAAUCAUCAGUGGCGUCGUGACAAUUGUUUGCAUAUAAAUAUAUAUAAAUAUACAUAUACAUAAUGCUAAAAAGAUGUGUUUAGGAGAGUUGCGUAGUGAUUUAUCACGUUUGAUCAGUCGACGUUUAGUCAUCAGCAGGCCUCCCUGAACCAUGUCGAAACGUAGAGUCACGUUCAAGCCUGAAUCGACUGACCAAAUGCAAUAAAGCUCUACGCAACCCUUCAAAGCGCGUCUUUUCUCCUUUAUACUUUUCGUCAUCCUGCGAUUUCUUUCUCUUUUUAAUUGUAAAUAUAUAUAUUUAUAUAUAUAUAUAUAUAAGCAUCUCGCUGAUGUGAAACUUGGGAAACCACAAAGUUUUCUUAAUCCCGAGGUGCAAACAUACAAACCGUGGGCAGCAUGUGCGCCGUUUCCCCCUUCCUUCAUCACGCAGUCAAAGUUGCUGGCGCGAGCCUGGGUCUUUAGCUAAGACAUGAUUUUCACGCGGUGUAUAAAUGACACAUAAAGCCACGCGCUUGCGGGAGUAGCUUUAACGGCGCUGUACACGGUAUGAAAUGGGGUAUAAAUAAUAGAAUAUUGAGCGUCUCAUCACAGAUCUUGGGAAGAGAAAACAGCGGAGCAGAACCGCAUUUCCAAAUACCUCGAAUUUCUUAGUAGUACUUUAAACCGUCUUAACGCCCUCACAAAAGCUUUAUUUGGAGAGGUCGCAUUACUUCCGACGGGAUGAAGGCUAUUAUACAUGGCAGAACACGCAACACCUCAUUAGACGCCAACUAUUUUCACUAAUUUCAAAACCUUUCACGAUUUCUUAAAAACUAAACGAAAUAAUUGUAAGACCACGUCAGUCACAAGAGUCUAGAUGAUCUCCGUUGAAUUUGUCUAUGAUCUAUUCUGUGAUUAUUAUUAUUCUUUUUGUAGGGUCAAGAGCUUUUGAUCCGCAAGUACUUCUACAGUUCGAUUUACACUGAAACACUUGUUCUGAGGAAUUUACGUAACCUGGCAAAUGUAAUUUUUAAACUCUAGGUUAUCAUACUCGUUCCUGAGAGCUCUAUUUAGGAUCAGGUAUAUCUGAGAGUUGAUGUUCUCAUUCACGUCUUAGAACAAGGGUGGUCUGAAAUAUUCUAUGAUGAAUUUGACAUUCGAAUGUGAUGUGCAGACAAGAUCUGUCCGGGCUUAUUUUGAGUUAUACACCCGUGCGUCAAUAGAUAGACGUGCAUAAUGAGUUUUUUUUUUUUUUAGCUUUGACGAAGAUAUUAGCGAUAACAAAUUGCAUAAUAUUAGGUUGUAAUCAUAGGGAUGUAUAACAGGCGAGCACAUUGCUUUUAGAAUGAGAAAAAAACAGACACACAGAGCAACACUGAAGAUAUUUUCUGUUACAGUUUAAAUUGUAAGAACUUAGAAAACGUUGAUAGCAUUGAAAAUAAUGUUUAGCUUUUAUUUAUGAAAGUGCACGGGAAACCUGUUGGAUGUUGCGUUCACGUAAUGCUCGAUUCUUGCAAAGUUUCUUUCCUACUGUUGACUGUGCUCGUUUGUGAGAAAUGAAAGACUUGGCUAGUGAAACCUCACGACCUUCACUGUUGUGCCUGCUUCGUGUCAAAGUUGAGAACACUGUUAACAUGAGUGAGGUGUGACAGCGCGUUGAACACACCUGUGCCCAGGAGAGCUGGAGAUAUUAUGUAAAGCUUUCCGCGGUUCUACAAGGCCAAAGUGAGUGAAUUAUAUGCCCGGCUACUGAUGUAUCCAAGUGACUGUGUACGUGCGUGUGUGUGUGCACGCGCAUAUAUCUGUAUGCAGACUGGGAAUAGACGAUAUGAACACCUUU